AUGUCUAAUUGCAUUCUAAUAGCAGUUAGCCAUCAACUUCGACUUCAUAAUAUCCAAUCAUGUUCUGUGUUUGCUGACGUUCGCAGUGGUAGAGUGAUAAUUGAAGACAGUGAUAGAAUCGAGUUUGGAGGGUUUAAGGAAGCAACAAUGACGCUUGAAGAGUGCCAGUUCGCUGUGGAUGACUUCAAUUGGCCUACUAAAGCUACAGCAAGCCCCCACUAUUCGACGGUGGGGCCAGAUUUUUGUUGGAAUGUGCCAAACACGGCAGAGUGGGGACAGACGGUAUGGGAGCAAGUCCGUGGCAAGAAGUGGCAUCGUGAUGGGGAUGGGGAUACAUAUGCUUAA